CAGCCCCGGGCAGACUCCAGCAGCGCGCCCUCCGCUCGCCGCCGCCACUCGCUGGGGACCUCUCACCAUGCAGACCGCCCCGCACCCCGUCGCCAUCCACAUGCAGCCCCACGACGGCAAAGAGCCGGACGCGCCGCCGUACCCCUACGCCAGAGCAGUCGCGGGCCCGCAACCCCAGGACCAUGUGCUGUGGUCCUUGUUCAGCUUCUCGUUCCUGAACGCCUGCUGCCUCGGCUUCGCCGCGCUGGUCUUCUCCAUCAAGUCAAGGGAUCGCAAAGUUGUUGGAGAUCCUGAAGGUGCAGCUACCUAUGGCAGGACCUCCAAGUGUCUGAACAUCGCUGCUCUGAUAGUGAGCAUCAUAAUAUUCACCAUCGCCAUCGCCAUCAUUAUUACCUCCGCAGCAGCUCUCCAAGUACAAUUCCAAGAGAUGAUGAAGAAACACCACUAAUUGUAGUGUUGGCUCAGUGGCAAAUUGAGAAGGCAGAAUAUUUCCCCCAGCAUUAUAGCAUUGCUUGUAAGCUUUGGCUUGCUUUUGCUUCUCUGAGUGUACCCAAUCUAAUCAUCCACUUGCAAGGAAGGAGGCAUUCCACACAGCACCUGGUACUUAUGGAGAUGAAGAGAGGUCAAGGCAUGUUUGCCUGCAAAGAUGACUAGAUGACCCUCAGGUCCGUUCCAACUCCACAAUUCUGUGAUUCUAUGAAAGAUGGAGGAGAGACUCAGAUGUCAUCUUGAAAUUCACCAUCUAGUUUAAGAUGCUUAUUGAGAAACGUUUGUUUGAUGCUCUUUGUUCAAGAUCUGGAUUCUUGGCCUUCCUUCAUCCUGUUGCUCAUGAAAUUUAAUUAAUGAAAUGGACUUUUCCAGUUCAACAGGUUUCUCGCUCAAGAUGUGUACUGCAGCUUUUCUGUAUUGAAACAUGAAGUCUGGGGUGAAUUCUGAGCAAAUAAAAGUAUGCCUACCUUAUUCUG